AUGGAUCUGUUAGCUAUUAAUCAAAAAUCUAAAGAUGAGGGCGAAAAUCAAGGACCAUCAUUAACAUCAGAAAAUCGUGAAGAAAGAAUAAAAGCUCGACGUAAUCGUGUUAAACAACGUAUACAACAAAAGAAAAAUGAAGGAAGUGGUGGUGGAUCAUCAGCAGCAAAUCUAUAUAAAGAUGAAGGAAGUUUAGCUAAAGAUCAAAUUGAACAAUCAAGACAUCGAUUAGUUAAACUUGAAGAAGAUGGUCUAGAAUUCGUAACAAAUGUACGUGUUGGUCAAGAUUUAAUAGAACAUCAACAUCGAUUGGAAGAAGAAGAAGCAACGCGAAAAAGAAAAGACCGUUUAGAACAAGAUUCAAAAUCAUCAAAAGAAAAAUUUGAAGAAAUUAUUCGAAAUUGGGAAGGUGCUCGAACAAAGGAUAUUUCAAGAGAAUUACAUGAAGUACUCAUGGCACAAAAACAUGCUUGUGGUACAAUGCUUGAAGAAAAAAAUAAAUUGAUCGGAGAAUUAGAAAAGGAUUUAAAAAAUAAAGAUGAUCAUUAUGUAAAAAUGUUACAUAAAUUCGAUGAAAAUGUUAAAUUACUCGUUGAACGUAUGAACGAACAAGUGAAAAGUCGUCGAAUGUACUAUGCACGUGAAUUACAUGCUAUUGAAGAAGCUUUUGUAAAAGAACGUCAAGAAUUAUUAGAUAAAUAUAAUCGUGAAUGGACAAGUAAAUUAGAAGAACGACGUUCGAAAGAGGAAAGUUUUGUUUCAGCACGUUUUGAACGUCAUGAAUCAUUUGAACGUGAUUUACAACGUUUACGUAUUAAACAUGCUGAAGAAUUUAAUGCAACAAAAGUGCGAUUAGAAAAUCAAGUUCAAGAACAACAACGUAAAAUCGAAGAAAUGAAAGCUAUCUAUCAAUUAAGUCAAGAAAAAUAUGAAUAUAAUUAUAAAGUAUUAAAAAAACGUGAUGAAGAAAAUUUAUUAACAAUUAGUGUACAAAAAAAUCGUAAAAUUCGUUUAAAUGAUUUAUUAACAAAUCUGAAAAAGAAAUUAGCAGAAAAAGAAAAAAGUUCGAAAAAUCAAAAUGUACAAGCUGCAGAAGAAUAUAAAAGAACACUAGCAAAUACACAAGAAAUUAAACGGAAAGCAAGACAUUUCCUAUCAGCUGAUAUGGAAAAAUUUCAUGAACUAUGGAUAAUGAAUGAAGAACGUUGCCGAGAAAUGACACAGAAAUUACUUGAUGCUGAUAGAAUUAUAUUUGAACAACAACUUGGUCUUCCUUGGUCACCUACGGAUCUUGAAUUUAUGAAUAAUGUUGGUCCAAUUGAUGCAACAAAAAUUCCGAAACCAUCAAUUGAUGUUGUUCGAGAAAUUUUAACUGAUCAACAAGAUGAAAAUUCAGCAAACAAUUUAAUAUCUAAUACAACAAUGAAAGCUAUACUUGAAUUACUUUGUGAUGAAGGAGAUUUUCUUGUUGAACCAAAAUUAUUGGCAUUACUUGAUCCAUUAGAAACCAAUGAAAAAAGUUUAAUUAAAUUAGAUGCUAUCUUUCGAGCAUUAAAAGUUGAAAAUGAAGAAGAUAUUAAAGUAAUGGCGAAAUUUUUUGUUGAUCAUAUUCAACAAAAUAAAGAUAAACAAUCUAAAACAUAUGUCUCAAGUGGUGUUGGUCCUGAACAACAUGAAACAGAUGAAGUCACACAGACUGGUGCUCAUCAAAUAACCGAUGCCGAUGGUAAUUGUGUAGAAUUAAUUCAUCCAAAUCAUGUACUCAAAGCAUUAAAAGCUUUUCUUACAGAUUAUCGUGCUCAACAGAAAGCUACAUCACAAGUUCCAUAUCAAGUCGCAGCACUUGAUGAACGAGAUGAUUCAUUAGAUAUUGAAUAUUGGUCGAAAUAUCCAGAUGUUAUCGAUGAUCAACGUGAACGUUUAUGGGAUGCAUUAACAUCAGGACUUCAGAAAUAUUAUUCGACUUUAACUGCUCGUGUUAAACUAAUUGAUGAUAAUAAUGCAUUAGCAAGACAAAAUGAUGAAUUACGUCUUCUUCUUUCGAAAUAUAUGCAAUCGAAAGUUAAUCAAGAAUUACAAAUACCACCAUCACAAAUUAUUCAAUUACAACUUGCUGAACAAACAACAGGAAAUAAUCCAGAUAACUUUUAA